AUGAUCUGGAACACUAAUCUCCGCUGGCGGCUGCCGGUCGUCUGCCUGCUCCUGGAGGUGGUCAUGAUAGCCCUCUUCGGCGUGUUCGUGCGCUACGACAUGGAUGCCGAUCCCCACUGGGUGGAGGAGAAGGCGAUCAAGAACUUGACCACUGACUUGGAAAACGAAUUCUACUAUCGCUACCCGAGCUUCCAGGACGUGCACGUGAUGAUCUUCGUGGGCUUCGGGUUCCUCAUGACCUUCCUGCAGCGCUACGGCUACAGCUCCGUGGGCUUCAACUUUCUGCUGGCGGCCUUCGGCAUCCAGUGGGCGCUGCUCAUGCAGGGCUGGCUUCAUUCCUUCGAUGGACGCUACAUUCUGGUGAACGUGGAGAACCUCAUCAAUGCGGACUUCUGCGUGGGCUCGGUCUGUGUGGCCUUUGGGGCAGUUCUGGGCAAGGUCAGCCCUGUCCAGCUCCUCAUCAUGACUCUCUUGCAAGUGACCCUCUUCUCAAUAAAUGAGUACAUUCUCCUCAACCUGUUAGAGGUGAAGGAUGCGGGGGGCUCCAUGACCAUCCAUGCAUUUGGCGCCUACUUUGGGCUCACAGUGGCCUGGAUCCUCUACCGCCCUAACCUAAACCAGAGCGAGGACAGGAAGAGUUCUGUGUACCACUCGGACCUCUUUGCCAUGAUCGGCACCCUCUUCCUGUGGAUGUACUGGCCCAGCUUCAACUCGGCUAUAUCCAACCACGGAGAUGCUCAGCACCGGGCAGUCAUCAACACCUACUGCUCCCUAGCAGCCUGCGUGCUCACCUCCGUGGCGCUCUCCAGCGCCCUACAUAGAAAGGGCAAGCUGGACAUGGUGCACAUCCAGAACGCGUCGCUCGCUGGAGGAGUGGGCCUGGGCACCGUUGCCGAGCUGAUGAUCCUGCCUUUCGGCUCCCUCCUCAUCGGCUUCAUCUGCGGCAUCGUCUCCACCCUGGGUUUUGUGUACCUGACGCCAUUCCUGGAGUCCCGGUUGCGCAUCCAGGACACCUGUGGUGUUCACAACCUGCACGGCCUUCCUGGCAUCAUAGGCGGUGUUGCGGGCGCGGUGAUGGCAGGCAUCGCCAACAUUGAUCUGUACGGGGAGGAAGGGCUUGCCUAUACCUUUGGUGUUGAAAGAAGCAAGACAAACUGGAACCCAAACAUGCAGGGCAGGUUCCAGGCUGCCGGGCUCUUUGUGUCACUGGCCAUGGCCCUGGUGGGCGGCAUCAUCGUAGGGGUCAUUCUGAGAUUACCAUUCUGGGGACAACCGCCUGAUGAGAACUGCUUUGAUGAUGCAGUCUACUGGGAGAUACCCAAGGAGCCGAAAAGCACUGCCAUCCAUCCUGAGGACUCCAGCUUCAGGCCCUCAGAACCUUAAACUCCCGGGGCAAGAGAGAAGCAGGUGAGCAUGGGUUUGGCUUGUACGUAGGGGCCCAGCUCUGGGAAUCAGAUGCCACCAGCAAAGGGGCAGAAAGAAAGCAUCAAGAACUGACGAUGUGAGCUUCUACCCGCCAGCAUCAUGCUGCGGUUGGUGGGAGAGGCACUUGGUGUCAGACCAUGUGCCUACUGGACAGACACAGGAAUCUGUGGAAGGCAUUCUGGACUGCAAAGAAUAUAUGGAAAGUGACCUGGGCGUACCCAUGGCUUUGCUGCUUACUGCCUACAUGACUUUGAGGAUCUCUUCACCCCAGAGACUGAGCCUCAGUUU